AUGGCUUUCUUCACCCAGCCCCGCAUCUCCUACGAGCACACUGGGCGCAUCCUAGACACCUGGCAGUGCAAGAUGGAAUUCCACGCUUGUUCCACUGGCAAGAGCCUCAGCACCCUCUGUGACGGGCCCUGCCCAUGUCUCCCCGAGCCUGAGCCUCCGAAGCACAAGGCAGAGAAGAAUGCCUGCACGGACAAGGAGUUGAGGAACCUCGCUUCCCGGCUGAAAGACUGGUUCGGAGCCCUUCAUGAGGAUGCCAACAGGGUCAUCAAGCCCACCAGCUCCGACGCGGCCCAAGGCAGGUUUGACACCAGCAUCCUGCCCAUCUGCAAGGACUCCCUGGGCUGGAUGUUCAACAAGUUGGACAUGAACUAUGACCUCCUGCUCGACCACUCAGAGAUCAAUGCCAUCUACCUGGACAAGUACGAGCCCUGUAUCAAGCCUCUCUUCAACUCUUGUGACUCCUUCAAGGACGGCAAGCUCUCCAACAACGAGUGGUGCUACUGCUUCCAGAAGCCUGGAGGUCUCCCUUGCCAGAAUGAAGUGAGCAGGAUUCAGAAGCUGAGCAAGGGGAAAAGCCUGCUGGGAGCAUUCAUACCCCACUGUAAUGAGGAGGGCUACUACAGAGCCACGCAGUGCCACGGCAGCACGGGCCAGUGCUGGUGUGUAGACAAGUACGGGAAUGAGCUGGCUGGCUCCAGGAAGCAGGGCGCUGUGAGCUGCGAAGAGGAGCAGGAGACCUCGGGAGACUUCGGCAGCGGCGGCUCCGUGGUCCUGCUGGACGACCUGGAGGACGCGCGGGAGCUGGGGCCGAAGGACAAGCUGGGGAGGCUGCGGGCGCACACCCGGGCGACAGAGGACGACGAGGACGAGGACGACGACAAGGAGGACGAGGUCGGCUACAUAUGGUAGUGCCCACGGGGAAGAGGACACGGCCGGCACAGACUGCAAGUCACUUCCUGUUCCUGCAUUUGUAUCUAAGACUCCGCGGCACCAAGGUCUCUCCUCCCUGCUCUCCAGCCGACCUCCGAUCCGGACGACUCCUGUUCCCAGAGCUUUCUGAUUGCGCACACGGCUGUGUGGGAAGGAAGGUGUUGUUUUGUGUU